AUGCUCCAGCCACGAGGCGCCAGCGAGAAGAGAUUGGUCGAUGGAAGCUUCGAGACGAACCUCCUCACCCGCUAUGCUAUUGUCUUCCUCGUCAAGGCGCGACGGCGCAGGCUGCUGCGGUGGCUGUGCAAGCCCUGUCGCGGUCUCCCGCCCAGGCUAAACAUCUUCGUCAAGAUACAAGGCUGCGCAGGUCUUUCCAAAGCCUACGCGCUGCGCUUCGUCGCCAAGAAUACAUCGAUCCCCAUCCCCGAGGUCUACCAUGCAUUCGUCAACAAGGACAAGUCCUAUAUCGUCAUGGAACAGAUCGAGGGCGAAAUGGCAGCGGCCGACUGGCUCCAGCGCAGCGAGGAGUCGAGGUCAAAGAUACGCGAGCAAUUUCGCCACAUGCUCGCGGAGCUUCGAACGGUGCCUUGCCCUGAAGGCACCAAGAUCGGCGCCCUUGACGGCGGGCCAUUCGGCGACUGUCGCCUGCCCUCGAGGAAUCUCUGGGAACCAUACCAUACGGUUCGCGGCUUCCACGCAGCCCUUGUAGAAGGCUUCGACCUCAACGUCGUCUCUACGGAUCUUCGUGAAGGCCUACCAGAGCCGUUGUAG